AUGCUCCGUCAAAUAUUUGCCUCGGCCGCCCCGUCGGCGCGACUCGCAAAUCCGAUCACGACCACAACCCUCAAAACCCAACUCACCCACCAACCAACAUGGCGCAUUCCUAACUCAACCACAAUCCCGCGUUGCACCCGCCUCUUCACCACAACAUCUGCGGUCCAAAACGUACCCUUCCGUCCAACUCCAAGCAAACACCAAGAACCGUUCUCCCCCUUCCGAGAUGACGACCCCUACAGCCAAUACCAACCUAAGCGACAAUGGCCUCCCGAUAUGUCGAAGCUCUCGCCGAAACACCAAUUCCGUCUUGAGCGGAAGUACCGCCGACGUGCGGCGCUGAAGUACGCCCGGCCGAAGUUUAUGAAAAUGGUUACUUUGGCUCAGUGGAUUAUUAUCGGAUUUGUUGCGGUCUAUGCGAUUUUGUUUAUGAAUUGGGAUACUAGAGAUACACCAUUUGAUGGGCUUCGAGAGAGCAUUUUUGAUGCCAUCAAGGGUGUAUUUACCACCCCGUCACCUCCGCAGCCGAAGAAGUCUGAUGAAAGCAAUUGA